AUGGCGAGAAAGUACGAGCUCAGCAGAGAGGGGAAUGAUUUAAGACUUACAUUUUCCAGUUCGGAUAUUACAUUAUCCAGACUAGCUACCGCAUUUGAGGUGAGUGUCACUCUUCUGCCCCCACUUUUCAACACCUUUGCCUACUUUGUGACCUCAGCAGAGUCCUACCGUUCACAAGUGAUUAUCACAAGCCUAAUUUGGAACCGCUCUUUUGGGCACUUCUAAACCUCACGUAUGCUUCGGCUUAUGUUUUGCUGUUUUGAGUAACUACUGGUAGUGUGAUCCACUCAAACUCUCAAUCAGAACCUGUUCAUCAAACUGCCCAUGAAAUUCGCUCAAAGCGGCUUGCAUUUGCCCGGGGGGGGCACUGCCAUAUAUGGGCUAUAUAGGUAUGUGCCGCUGUGAAGGGUAUGGUUUUCAAGCAGUUUACUCUGGGAUAGGGUAUAUAAAUCAGAGUGUUUGGGUCUAGAAUAGGGUAUCAUUUUUCAGGAAACUGAUCAGUUGGUUGAAGAUUUUAUCUGGAGUAGGGAAACGGGGAAUUGCCACUCAAACAUAUAAAAAAAUCAAAUUUGAAAUUUGAAAUUUACACAACUCAGCUUGUUUUGGCUAGACUAUGCUAGUGACCUCAGUAGUUUAUGGAAAACAGCUACUCUAGGAUAGGGGGGAUUUGGGGAGUUUACUCUAGUAUAGGGUGGCAAAAUUCAGCUGAACUAGCUCUGGUAUAGGUUAAGGGUUCCAGGGUACCAGCGGCACAUCCCCACCCAGAAAUUUCUAAAGUACCCCCCCCCGGGUGCAUUUGUCGCUGAAGUCUUCUCUGACCACGUGCGCGCGUUUGCUGUUCCAAAAGAAAAUUUGCCAGUAUUUGCUGAUCCAUUAUAGUAAAACCGUUUUUUUGUGAAUGAUGAUUUAUUAGACGGCUUUUGUCAUUUCGUGAUAUGUCUGAUAAGGGAACCAUAACUAAUAAGCACGUACUAUGACUUUAUGUUAGAAAACAUGUUCAAGGGUAAUUCAGGGACACUAAAUCUCCCGAAUGAGUGACUGAAAUCGUCCUGUUAGCUUUUCUGCGCUUUAGUGUGAUAUUUGGAAAAUUUUUUACUCAAAAUUUGAAUUUUUUUAACCCGUAGUACGGUUUCUGGUGCAUUUUUCCACUAUAUAUAGUCACUGACAAAGAUUUAUAAUUUGGCAUAAAAAUCGAUUAUCCCGAAUUUUGAUAGUAUUUACUUUAUGUUAGAUUGUCCUAAGCCAUUCACAUUGGGGGCUGGUUCAAUUUGUUGGAGGGGUCCGUUGAAAUUCGGGAGGGGGUAGUAAAAAAGAGAGAGUCUCCAGAUUUUAGAUAUCCAGAGAUUUUCUGGGUGAUCAAAUUUUUGAGUGCAAGUGGGUUCAAACUGAUUUUGUUCACAACAUUAAUUUUAUUUCUAAAGAAAAUUUUUAUUACAUUCACAUGUUGUUAACAUAAGCUGCAUGAUUAACGAAUGUUUGUUGCUCUUAUAGUUCUGUUGAGCAAAGUCACAAUAGUCAUACAUGUAUUUUCAUAAUUAUAGUAUAAACAAGGAAACACUAUUUAAACAUGAUUAACUUUCCAACACUUGGACUUUAACUCAGUAUACACUACAUAGGUGCUCCCUCAUUUUUAUAUAACAUUUAAUAAUGAUAAAAUUGAUGGUAAUAUCGUUAACAGAGAGCAGGCAAAAUAUUUGGUAAAUAGGUACUUUUAGUGUCUCAAAUAGAUAUUCCUUAAUGGAAUAACUUUAAAGACGACCACAAGGAUUGAUUUUUUUUAACAAUAAUAUUUUAAUCUCCUUAGGUGUCCCCCAGUUCUCUUUACAUAAAGGAAGAAUGGGGGGAUUGCACAUAUUGGGCAAACGAAAGUGGUCGUUUCAAUCUGUCAAACCUUGCAGAUGGGACUUGCUUAGUGGUGAUGGGGCAAAGUAAAAACAGUGUCAUAACAUCAGAAACUGGAAAUUGCCUGUCUUAUGCAGCACCUGCAGACACAGGCAAAUCAAGAUUACCAUUCAAGCCUUUCUUCAGGAGAGGAAAAUCAAAUUCAGCAUCAACUUUUGGUUGCAAGAUUAUCCUUGCGAAAAAGAAUGGCAAGAGUUUCACUGAGUUAAAUCAGACAUACAUAAAUGUUAGUGAAGACAGUGCCAAUGUGGAAGACAUAACAAGAAAAGUGCAAGAGAAGUGGGGUAACGUGGUACUGGUAGCUGGUAAUGGUCUUCCCAUUCAGGAUGAGGAGGGAACUAGGGGUAAGGGGUUUAUUAAAGUUAUCUUUCAGCAACAUAUUAGUAGGCCAGGCUGUGAGGUACUAGUAAAUUACUAUUACUGUAUACAGUACCUAGUUGUUGGAUUCAUUGCCUUUUACCAGGCAGAUAAUCCAAUAAUAUAUGUUCUUAUGAAAGUAGCAAGGAUAAAUCCCUGACCUGGUGGCCAUUAAUUUGACUGCCCUGCUACUAAUUUAUUAUAACAUGAGUAUUUUGCGUUGAAGACCUGUGGUGAAAGAAUUUGCCACAAAAUUAAUAAGAAAAAACAUAACAGAAAAGCUUCAUUGGUGAUAAAUUUAUGUGGCUGAACCUUUUAUUUGAGAUUGAAAUAAGACUUGUUCCAAUGUUGAUCAUAACACACACAGUCAGGAAGAUACUGUAAAUACCAUCAAUUGAAGGUACAGUAGCUGGUUUCUAGAGUGUUAACUUUAGAACAAAAAUGUUGGGUAUCUGCUGAGAUGCCUUUUUUAAAUAAAUGCUGCAAAAUCGAGUGCAGAUAGUUAGUCCCAGGACUGUACAGCAGUACAACACAUUAAAACAUUUUAAUUUCCUUUGUUUUCCACUUAUGCAAACCUGCUUCAGGAAGACUGACUUAUGAGCUAAAAUGUUUUAAAGGUGCAUUUUUUUAAACUGCUAAUGAUUAACUUGUUUAAAGGACUAGUAAAUGUAGAUCUGAUCACACUUUGUCCAGCCUAAGUGGACAUUGUUGCACCCUGAGAACGGUCUAAAACACUGCCAACCUUAAAGUUUAGCCAUGUACACUAAAAUAUUUACAAAGUUAACAGAAAUACCAAGACAUAGAAUCAUGACAUGCAUAAAGUUUCAGGGCAGUAUCGGAGGGCUCAGAUUACCAGGUUAUAAAAUAACAAUGUAACAAUAUAUGAACUUGACAAAAUAGGCAUAAUAAAAUUAAAUACAAUGACAAGUUUACGUUUAACGGCAAUUGAAAGUCAUCAUUGUGUAACUUGUGUAAAUAGUUUAUGUAACUUAUGUACGUAAUUUUUUCAUUUUAAAACAGGAUCAAAAUUCUGGAAGUGUCCAAGUAGAAGAGUUUUUGCCAUAAAAGACAAAGAAACUGCGAAAGUAAAAGCAUCAAAGAGAUACCAUGAGAGUGAACCUAGCUCUGAAGAAGAAUUUGGAAGAGAGAAGUGUGCUCCUAAAAAGAAAAAAGCUGACAAAUUUGUUAAACAAGAAGUGAAAGAGAUAAAGGAAGAAACCAGUAUGCUGAGGGAAGAGCUACAAAACAACAGUUCCACUUUGGAUGAAUGUAAAACUAUGCUACAAGAGCUGAUAGUGGUCAACAAGUUUCUACCUCUACCCCCCUGUUUAAUUAAGUUAGUUUCUGAUGCGUUUAAGUGCAAAAUAUGUCUUAGGGCACCAAUGACUCCCCCUGUCAUUGCAACAAGAUGUUGCAAUGUACUCAUUGGCUGCAGCAUAUGCACCAAUGAGUGGUUUUCUGGAGAUGGGGGGCUGGAUAAGAGUUGCCCAAAUUUGAGAGAGCCAAGGGUUAUGCACAAACUUUUCAGUUCAAGGGUAUCGACGAUUUUUGAAGGAUUUAAAAACUUAUGGCAGACCCAUCUGCAGGGGAUGAGGAGGAGAGUCUCG